AGGCUCCUGGGAGUUGUAGUUUAGGGGAGUUCUGACGGUACUCUUCGCUUCUUCUUUCUCCCGGUCCCAGCGGAGGGACAGUUUGUGCUGGGGCCGCACGGUGAGCGCCACCUUAGAGCAGCGGGAGGAAUGUGAGCAUCUUCCCAGGAACGGGAGGAGGAUGGAACUGGAGCCAGAGGACGGGAGCGGGAAUAUCGCUCUAGCGGGAGGCCUGACCGCCGUAGGCCGCGGCCCCCUGCUCCGGAUUUCUGAUAAACGAGUGUCCAGGAAUCAUGGUCUGCUGGAAGUGCUCGAUGGGAAGUUGCGCAUCAAACCAUUACACACCAAUCCAUGCUUCUAUCGGUCAUCAAAUGGAGACCAGCUUCUGCCCCUGGCUAAGGAUGAAUGGCACUGGCUGAACCCAGGAGACUGUUUUUCUUUACUGCCAGAUAAAUACAUAUUCAAAGUAAUCUUACCCAGCUUCGAACAGACGUUAAGAAACAGCGAUCUAUCAAGUUUUGAGGAUGAUGAGCAAUCUAAUCCUGCAGGAAGUUUGCAUAAGGAGAAAGGGGAUGUCAGCGAGGGCCCAGAUAUACCUCGGGGUUACUCACAAAAACCCACUACAUCAUCCGAGGCAUUAACAACAGAUGAUUAUUUCCGACAGCAAUCCAGCAGAAUUGAACCAAAUGGCAUCUUGCAGAAAGUGUCAGACAGCGAGCAGUUGAAGAGUGGUCAUGCAGCACCAGCCACUGUACAAAGGAAAAGAAUCUUGCCAGCUUGGAUGCUGCAAGUUACUGCAGAAAUGCAAGACUCUUCAUCGGCAGUCAGUAAAAAAGGAAAUGCAGUGGGGCGGGGAAGAGGUGAUGCAGGGCAGACAAAAACUCGGGUAACCCAACCAGGAAGAAAAAGACACGAGUCUGGUGAGAAUGUCCGAGAGAAUGAAGCAACAGAUCAACCACAGGAAAAAAAAGGUAGGAGAAGGAAAACACAACCAAAUAAAGAUGAAGACCAAAGCAAGAACAAUACUGAAGGGAAUACUCCAGGCACAAGUUCUGCUAAUGCAAAAAGCAAAGAGGAAAAGAAGAACAAUCUCGACGGACCUUCCGGGUCUAAUUACAAAUUGAUGGUCGGUGAUAGUGGGGAAGCCAUACACCGACAUGGUCUUGAUUCUCAGCGGUCCCAUGAGCUAAGUGACUGGGAAAUGAAUGUUAAAGAGAAGGAGGAGGAGGAGGAAGAAGUGGAACUGAUGAGCAGACAAAGUGAGCUGGAGAGUGCGCAGACAUUGGAGACCCCUCACACAAGGGAUAAAAGCAGCAGGCCAGCUCCUGAUGAAGCAGGAGCAGCAGAAGACAUAAAGACUCUUCAAACUGUAGAGCAGAGCAAGCCUCGGAGAGCCCCCUGCAUGUAUGGAAGUAAUUGUUACAGGAAAAAUCCAUUGCAUUUUCAAGAGUUGAGUCAUCCUGGCGAUCCUGAUUACGAGGAGUUAGCGGGUGAGGAGGAAGAUGAUGACAAACCAGAGUGUCCUUUUGGUACUGCUUGCUAUAGGAAGAAUCCCCAACACAAGAAGGAGUACAAGCACACGCAACCUCCAGAAAGUGAAUUACGAAGACCAAAGAGGAAAGGGUCUCAAAAAGAUAAAAGAGGUCUGAAUGGUGAGAGUGAUGAUGAUGGUGAACCUAACCAGUAUGACCUGAAUGAUAGCUUUAUUGACGAUGAAGAGGAGGAUCUGGAACCAACUGAUGAGGAUUCUGAUUGGGAGCCAAGUUCAGAUAGUGAUGAAGAUAUUGAAACACUAACAAAAGAAGCUAAUAGAUUUGUAAGAAAUAAAAAAUGAAGCUUGUUUUUUGUACCUUUCAA